CUUCAGAGUUUGAAGUCACAUGGCGGGGUACAGCGCGAGUGGAAAGGAUUUACAAAUGUUCCGGCGGGGCUUCAACAACGUCAUCGGGAGUUGGAACACAGAGUUUGACCACAACAUCCAAACUGCUACCGCAAAAUCAUAGGGCAAUGCCAACCACCACCCAAUGGCAGAUGAAGAGAUCACUUGCUGUGUCUUUGUCAACAGAGCUCUCGCCCGUGAUGAUGUUUCGACUAAAGUCUGUAUAGGGUUAUGUCCUAACACGACGAUGGAGACACGGCUAAUGUGGGCCCGGGAAAUUGCAAGAGAAUUUCUGUCUUGGUCGAACGGUGACAGUAUCCGGCCUUGGAUGUUCAUUUGCAGUUUCGACGGAACGGUGGAGCGUCUCGCUAUGCAACCACCUAAAGGUGACUACGACAAGGUAUACCCGGUUCGCUGCCGCAUUCCGCCCGGUACUAUUCUUCGACUUGGGAAGGAAGAGCGAAAUAAGCGAUCAGAGAUGUUUGCGCUGGGCAGUUUGCUAUACGAGGUCAAUUCUGGCAACAAGCCAUUCAAGGAGCUGAACGACGACGAAGUCCAGCUCCGGUUCAGCAAGGGGAAAUUUCCUGAUGAUGUCGAAAGUUUACAGCUUUGUCCAGCUAUAUUGUUUUGUUGGAAUUUGGGAGUUUUGGAGGAAACGGAGGCGGAAUCGAUAUACAACAGGAUUGUUGGUGGCGCCGGCAGCUACAUCAGGGCGCAUCCAGUGUCCUUCACGAUCCAGGCAGUUGGCGUAUGUGCUCUGACGGCUUCCGUUGUCACCGUGCCUGUCCUCGGCCUUGUUGGAUUCUCGGCAACGGGCUCUUUGGCUGGUUCUAUGGCCGCUGCUUGGCAAUCUUCAGUCGGAUCGGUUGCGGCUGGUAGUGCAUUUGCUUGGUGUCAGAGUGCCGCAAUGGGCGGCGCGGCUUUGAACGGGGUAUUUGGUCUCGGAGCGACUGGCGCGGGAGUUGUAGGAGCUGGCACAUUGCCAAUAUUGGCUGAAAAGGUCCAGAGUGUCUUUCGGCGAAGAUAGACCUAGCUUGGCAAUUGGUGCUAGUAAGAGUUGAAGCGGAGAAUGGUAUGAGAAGACUGGAUUUAGGAACGAGGAAAGGCAACCAAGGCGAAAGUGUGG